AGGACUGGAGCACGGCGCGCGAGAACCUAGAGCACAACUUCCGGUGGACUCGCCAGAACCUCGCCCUCGUCGGCAUCUUCGGCGUCGCCCUCCCCCUCCUCAUCUACAAGGGCAUCGUCCGCGAAUUCGUACGUACCUCCCCCUCCCCCGAUUGAUUGGCGUGGCCUUUCGGAUCCGUUACUUGCCGAUUGAUUCGAUUUGAUCGUUAUUCGUGAAAUCAUGUCCGUCGUGGACCUUCGGUUCGCACGGGGUGGUCCUGAUUAGCCUUCAGGUCCGACACUGAUUGCAACAUUUGAUUGCGGUGGUGAUUCGUUCAUCUCCUCUGCUGACUUCUUCGGCCGGACGGGCUGCGGACUGAGAGGGGUUUGGCAAUGGGGAAGAUCACGAAUGGACUUGUGUUGCCGAUGCUUCUUUUGACAGAUGCUGGAAGCACUCCACUUCAUUAUGCCGCUUGUGGUGGAAGUGUGCAGUGUUGUCAGAAGAACAGCUUUGAGCAAUUCUGCAUAAGUUAUGCAAAUGAGAGGUUGCAACAACAUUUCAACCGGCAUUUGUUAAAACUGGAGCAGGAAGUGAGCAUCUCACAUGGACCGUGUCUUUAGUUUUGUUCAGUAUUUUAUAUGAUGGGGAUUGUCGCUAAAAGCAGGAUAUUCUUUUUU